AUGUCAGGAUCAAAUCGAGCUCCAUAUACUUACGAUUCUUCAGGAUAUAAUCCUUCCUCUUCAAAUGGUGACCAAUCUCAGCCAUAUUAUGGAUAUGAAUACUCAAACUACCCUUCAAAUAGUCAAUAUUCAAACAAUAGUUCUACAUCUUCAACAACAGCAGCAACUUCUACAGCAACUGUAGUUGAAGCUCCACCAACUAUAAUAAAUAGUUCUUCUAUAUCAUCUGCUUCGAAAUCUGUAAAUAUACCGAAUCAAGAUCGAGGGAUGAAUUCUAACUUUCAUGGUUCAUCAAAAGAUGAGAUAAUGGGUGCAGCUGGAGGUGAAGUAUGGGAAGAUCCAACACUGUUAGAAUGGGAUCCUAAUGACUUUCGUUUAUUUUGUGGUGAUCUUGGAAAUGAAGUUACCGAUGAAGUUUUAUAUAAAGCAUUUUGUCGUUAUUCAUCAGUACAAAAAACUAAAGUUAUUCGAGAUAAACGUACAGGUAAAAGUAAAGGAUAUGGAUUUGUAAGUUUCAAAGAUGCAGAUGAAUUCGUCAAAGCAUGGAAAGAAAUGAAUGGAAAAUAUGUUGGAAAUAGACCAAUAAAAUUACGAAAAAUUGAUUUCAAUCGUGACGAAAUAAGACAAAAGAAUAAAUUAUUUGAAGAGGAAUUUUUAAAUUACAUCAAUAAUGCUAAAUAUAAUUUGUCCGUAAAUAAACAACAUUGGCAAAGUAGUCUCGCGUUGGAAAAAGUUGAAAUUACGAAGAAAGAUAUUCAAAAAUAUCGUGAUGUUUUGUCCGAAAAACAAAUGGCAUUAGAAAAACAAUCAGCACAAAAUGAACCAGAAUUAAACCGAUUUGAAGAUAAAUUGGCAUUUACAAUGGAAGGAGUGCGAGACGACGCAAUAUUAUUCACAUUCAAAUGCAUCUACGAGAAUGAUUCAUCUCGUAAAUGUUCAUUUACUGUGGAUGUAGGUGAAAAAUAUUCGGUUAUCGAAUGUAAUCCUCCAUUGGGUCAAGUAGUAUGCGAUUUAUUAUCACAAUUGAAUUCUACACGUGAUUUCUUCACGUUUAUUAAGAAAAUGCGACAAGCUUUUCGUAAGAAUGCUUUAGAAGAAACGGCGGUGUGA